AUGUCUGGAUUGGAGGUAGCGGCUGGGGUGAUAGCUGUCGUCACCAUCGCCGCGCAGGUGGCAGGCUUGGCAAUGGACUACGAGAAGAGCGUGCAAAAUGCCUUUGCCGAAAUGAAUAGCCUGCUGAAGGAGGUAAACAGGCUCCAGCACACGGCCGAACGCGUGCAAGCUCUCCUUGACGGACCGCAGGGCCACUUGCUUGGUGCUUCGAAGCCGCUCCGCGAGGCACUGGAUGAAGCGGUGCUGCUGCUAGAAUCCACCAGGGAGAGGCUUGUCCUGCCUCCUCAUUCUGGCUCAUGGAGACGGAUGUGGAAGCGAGAAAGCUGGUCAGCUCGGGGCAAGGGUACCGACGACACUGUUGUGGGUCUCUCCAGAUGUGCCCAGAACAUAACGAAUGCUCUUCAGGUCGAUCAGACGCACAUCCUAGCUGGCUUGGAUAGGGAUCAAGUCUUCGAGAAACUCCCACAUGUUGGCGCAGCCGCGUAUAACUCCUACGCCGAGGAAAACGAAGCCUUUUGUCUAACGGGAACGCGAACAGAAUUGCAGCACACUAUAUUGGCGUGGGCAAAGGAUCCCACCUCGAGCACCCUGUUCUGGCUUCAAGGCAUCGCUGGUACAGGCAAGUCAACCGUAGCUCGAACAAUUGCCAGAACCCUUGAUUCGGACGGUAGCCUCGGCGCCAGCUUCUUCUUCAAGAGUGGCGAUGGCGAUCGUGCCAAAUCCUCCAAAGUCAUCACCACCCUUGCGUCGCAACUGGCCGCCAACGACCCAGAGUUGGCCGCACUGCUCAGGAAGACCCUGGCUUCCGAUCCACUGUUGCCCGACAAGUCUCUACAAGAGCAAUUCGAGAAGCUGAUCUAUGAGCCGUGGACAGGAUUGCAAGCCUCUCGCCGUCACAAUCGAUACUUUGUCAUUGUACUGGACGCCCUGGAUGAGUGCGACGACGCACCAAGCGUCAAAGUACUGGUCCGCCUCUUCGCAAAGCUGUCAACGCUCAAGUCACCGCGGCUGCUUGUUUUCGCUGCCAGCCGGGCUGAGCUUACGGUGCGACUGGGGUUCCACGGCGUGCAGGGCACGUAUCAAGAUUUGGUGUUGCAUGAAAUCCCCGAGACGGUUGUAAAGACAGACAUUGCUAUAUUCAUUGAAACAGAGACAAAACGCAUUCGCAAUGACUACAACGACACGACCAUCAGCGCCCUUCAGCUGCCGGAGAGCUGGCCGUCCAGGCCAGACUUGGAGGCGCUGGUCAACAUGUCUGUGCCACUGUUCAUUUUCGCAGCCACUGCCUGUCGCUUCAUUGGAGAGCUGAUGGAGGGCAACCCCCAAGAACAGCUGGAAACGUUCUUGAGCUACAAAGGUGCGGGUGGCGGGAGCACUCUGGCAAGCACGUACACGCCCGUGCUGGAUCGUCUCAUGAAAGGAGUUCUCGACAGAGAAAAGCGUAUCGCAAACUUCCGCAUGAUCGUUGGGACCAUCAUACUCGCAGAGACACCGGUCUCUGCAACCUUAUUACAUCGCCUCCUCGAUAUUGAUCUUGCGACUAUUUGGGGCAUGCUCAACCUUCUCCAUUCCGUUUUACGCGUGCCGGAUACCAAGGUGGCAGGAUGCGAGAAUCUGCCCAUCAGACUUUUGCACCUGUCACUCCGCGACUUUCUGCUCAAUCCUCUGACUAUUGAGCAACAUGUACUCGGCAUCAGCGAGAAGGAGACACACCGCUACAUUGCGCAGCGGUGUCGCAUUACACUGAGUCGCAAGCUCACUCGUAAUAUCUGUGAAUUGCCAUAUCCUGGCUCCCUCAGGGAAGACAUUGACGACGAGCAACUGCAGCAGCACAUGGCCCCUGACUUGAUGUAUGCCUGCUCAUACUGGAUGUUUCACACGGUCAAGGGCGGCGUGCCAGGUGAGAUUUGCCACGAAGUCCUGCAUUUUCUCCAACAGUUCCUGCUACAAUGGCUGGAGGCGAUGAGCUGCAUGGGGUCGACGCAUGAUGUGGCAGAUGCCGUGCACAACCUCAGUCAGAUACUCGACAAUGGCCAGGAGGACCUAUUGAAUUUUCUUGAGGACACUCGGCGCUUCAUACAGGCGCACGCAACGCAGAUCCAGGAGGCACCGCUCCAGGUAUACUCGUCUGCACUUGUCUUCUCGCCCAGGUCAAGUAUUGUGCGCCAGUGGUUCAAGGAGAGUGAGCCCAGAUGGCUGUCUCAGCUUCCCACUGCGCAGGAAUACAGGGACUCUAGCUUCGAUACUGGACGGAACGCCCUAGUUGCUUUGUCUUGUCCCGUUGCGCGACCUUCCUCGCUAUUGGCUAUUCCAAACAACUCAAACAGGCCAGGGACGGAACGGCCGGCAGCCUAA